GGAGGCGCGGCCCGAGCGGGAGGAGCGGGGACGGGCGGCACCGCCCGGGACCGGCCCGCUGGGACGGCCCUGGCUCCCGCCCCCCCCCCGGCGGCAGCCAUGGCUGGCGGGGACUGAGGGUGGGUGCUGCUCGGCUGAGGCCCGUCGCGGAGGUAGAUUCAGGCAGACCCCAGGAAUCGGGUAAUCUCAGCCAGGAUUUGGGAGCAAUGUCCCAACAACUUCUCUACCGUGCUCUGGUGUCUGCAAAAUGGCUUUCAGAAGCGAUCAAGUCGCAGCAAGCUGGUCUGGCCUUGAGGAUCGUGGAUGCAUCCUGGUAUUUGCCAAAAAUGAAGCGUGACCCGAAGCGGGAAUUUGAGGAGCGCCAUAUCCCUGGUGCAGUUUUCUUCGACAUUGACCAGUGCAGUGACCGUACUUCACCUUACGACCACAUGCUGCCCAAGGCUGAUGACUUUGCUGAGUAUGUGGGAAAGCUGGGUGUGGGGAAUGAUUCCCACGUUGUGGUGUACGAUGGCAGCGACCAAGGUCUCUUCUCAGCACCCCGGGUGUGGUGGAUGUUUCGGGCCUUUGGACAUGAAGCUGUCUCCCUUCUGGACGGUGGCCUGAAGAACUGGCAGCGAGAGGGGAAUGCACUGAGCUCUGGGAAAAGCCAGGUAGCUCCCACAGAGUUCCACGCUUCCUUGGACAAGUCCCUGGUGAAAACGUACGAGGAUGUCUUAGAUAACUUGGAUUCCCACCGCUUCCAACUAGUGGAUGCACGUGCUGCAGGACGGUUCCAGGGAGUAGAGCCAGAGCCCCGAGAUGGAAUUGAGCCUGGUCAUGUGCCUGGGUCGACGAACAUCCCCUUCACCGAGUUCCUCAGAGAGUCUGGCUUAGAGAAGACACCUGAGCAGAUCCGCAGUCUGUUCCAGGAGAAGAAGGUGGACCUCUUAAAGCCGGUGGUAGCCACAUGUGGCUCUGGGGUCACUGCCUGCCACGUGGCUCUGGGGGCAUACCUCUGUGGCAAACCAGAUGUUGCUGUGUACGAUGGGGCCUGGGUGGAAUGGUACAUGCGAGCACAGCCUGAAAAUAUUAUUUCUGAGGGAAAGGGCAAGACGGUGUAAUGAGCUGCUUCAUCUCCCAGCUGUGCAGAUAAUUUGCCUUGAAACAGGAUUUGGAAAAGAUAGGUUUAGCGUACCUGGUUAAGUGUCUUGACAUGAAGGUGUUGGGUAACAAGUAUGGGCACAUGGUGCUUUGGCACUUUCUCCUUACCCUAUUGCUGCUGCUUAGGAGCAUAAAGAUGACCUGGGCAGACAGCUUUAGGUGACCCUGCUUGAACAGGUGAGGUGAACCAGGUGUCCUCCCAAGGUCACUUUCAGCCUUAGUUCUUCUGUGAUUCUAUGACCUUUUUACCAUAUCAGAUGGAAGGGAGAGAAUGCUGGUGGCAGCAUGGGGAAGUAAUUAAGUCAAGACAAGCUCAUGAUUCAGGACAUUCCACCAUGUUCACUCACAGAAUGGUCAAACUUACAUAACUGUGCCCCAUGAUCCUGCUCUCUGCCUCUGUCCUAGAAGCCAUCCACGCACUUUAUGGCCAUUUUGAGUGCAAAACUUUGGCAAAGACACAGCUGUUAAAGAGCAAAUAGGGCUUCCAGUUGGCUGUUAGGUUAGAGACUUGGUAUGUAGUUCUUGCACUUCGACUCUAACUGCAAUGUGUGCUUAGCCAGUUUUGUACCCCCAUGGUCCAAAAUCCCCCUUGGGAAAAAGAAAAGAUCCUGGGAUUAAAAAAGGGUAAAUAAACAUGUGUUUCAAGGUC